AUGACAUCCACAAUCACCACAUCCACAUCCACCACCCCCAUCCCAACCACAACCGCCGCCCUCCCAACCGACGACGACGACGACGAUGACGACGACGACGACAACACCAUCCAAUCCACCACCGCCACCACCGCCGCCACCACCAUCCCCGGCGCCUCCCUCGGCACCAUCGCCGUCUCCGUCCUCCCCGGCGGCUCCUCCACCACCACCGUCACCCUCGCCACCGCAACCGCCACCACCAUCGACGGCACGCGCACCGUGACCGCGACCGCGACGACCGACGUCGUCACCGCCGCGACCGCAACCGCAACGCCAGCCACCGCCAACGACGCAUCUCCCACUCUCACUUCCUCCCCCUCAGCAACUGGCAGCGGAACCGCCGGAACCGGAAGCGGAACCGGCCUCUCCCACUCCACCAAGGUCGCCAUCGGCGUCGCCGUCCCGUUCGGCCUGCUCGCCCUGGCCCUCGUCGUGUGCGGCGCGUAUCUGCUGGGCCGACGGCGGUACCGGUACCGGCAGCAGCCGCACCGCAGCAGUAAGAGCGGCAGCGAAAGCGGCGACGCGAGCGGCGGCAGCGGCGGCGGCGGCGGUGCAGGAGGCUUCUUCGCCAUGCUGUUCGCGCGGACGCGGCGACGGGGGCGGGGGCGGACCGGCACCACUGCGGACUCGUCGGCAUCGUCGUCGCCGUGCAAUGAGAGUGAUGUCGAGAAGGCGAUGGUGCUGCAGGCGGGGCCGGUCGAGCUGCCGACGGGCCCGGAUGUGCCGGAGCUGCCGACGGCGGUGAAUUGUCAGGAGCUGGAUGCUGGGGCUGGGGCUGGGGGUGGGGGUGGUUCGUCAUGCGUGGUCGCUGGCGCUGAGGCUGAGGAAAGGCGGCAGCGGCGGCCGCUGUCGCGGGAGGGGUUGGCGAAGGAGUUGAAUUUGGCGGGGGUGGCGGCGGGGGGGUCGGCGGGGGCGGCGGCGAAGGCGGGGCCGCCACGGCGUGGGAGGGGUGGGAGGGGGGGUAGUGGUGGUCAUGGGAGUGUGGGUAGGAAGCCUGUUGCGGGGGCGGGGGCGGCGUUGGGCGGAGGGGGAGUGCUGCGUGGAGGGUCGACGACGACGGCGGGGGAGGAGGGUGGUGGUGGUGGUGGUGGUGGGGACUCGCACUCGCCGAUUAGCCCGGCCAGGACGGCAAGCCAAAGCCAGUCGGAGCCGCUGUCGUCGGUGAGCCCGAUGAGCAGCUGGGGUCCGGUGAUGCUGGCGGAGCUGCCGGGGGACGAUGCGGUGGGGAGAAGGAGGGAGAGCAGGUAA